AUGUUUUCUCUGCGUCAAGCCAACGAUCAAGGGUUCAAUGAAAAUGACACGGUUACUAUCCCAUCUUAUUUCUUGAAGCUCGGUACUGUAUGCACGUACGCACAAUGGCAGGAAGACUUCGCCUCUAGCCCUCCUGGGCUGCAUAUAACCUGUUUGACAAGGGGACAGAGCAUCGGCAUCACGCUUACAGCAACUGCAGGGUUGAUCUCGAUUCUAUCCAUAAUUCUACUGUUCGUACUCAUUGCACUUCAGUUGCUUGCAUCAGACCUAGUACAAGCUGUUGGUGCCGUUAUGGACCUGAAAUGGAUCGAAUCUGGCACUGUCAGUCCAGGUCACUUCUGCACAUCACAGGGUAUAAUCAAGGAGAUCAGCGAAGCUAGUGUAGCGAUGACUACCGGUGCUAUCGCCAUCCACACGUUUAUCAUAGUGUGGGGACGCAAAGCAGUGCAUGAGCGAGCAAUGGCGCUCGUUGUCGUUGGAUGUAUAUGGGUGUUUAUGCUCCUCUACACAAUCAUACGCUCCAGGGCGAGGCUACACGAGACACCGACACCGUUCUGGUGCUGGAUCGGUGGCGAAGGCAAACAGUACAUCGUCGAUAAACUAAUGGGCGAAUACCUUUGGAUGUGGCUUACCCUCUUCAUUUCGGUGCUGGUGUACGUCCCCUUGUUCUUGCUCAGCAGGGGCUACAUCUCCGUGCAUCCGAUCCAGUGGUGGAAACUCAGCAUGCAUCGCCGUAAAGAAGGAGGCGGGCUCCCUGCCGCGAAACAAGCCAGUAUGGGGAUGCUCGCGUAUCCGAUAGCAUAUUCGGUCAUUAUCUUGCCAAUGUCAGUUGUGCGAUGGAUAACCUUCACCUCCUCGCGAUCCCGCACCGUCCCUUCCGCGGCCACCUUAGCAGUUGUCACCAUUUUCGGUUUGAGUGGCGCAACAAACGUGUUUCUCUUAGUCUAUGCGCGCCCUGGAUUGCUUCUCCUCCGUCCUCGCGUGUCCCGGCGGGAGAAUGCGAUCUCCAUGGCCCAGUCCGAAACACGUCUCACGCAAGAUACGGAAGCCGUAGGUUCUGUUCCCGAUGGUCAUUAG